AGGAACCAUCUUCCACUACACAAAUCUCCUUUACCCACUCUCUCUUUCUUCUCUCUCAUACCAAAAAAACAUAAAUAUGAAAAUAUCAAUAUCACUUCUUUAAUUUCUCAGCGAUCUGCCUUUUUUCUAUGGCUCUCUUCACUUUUGCACCAGAGGCCACAGAGCCCAAGAAGAAGGCAACGCCACCACCAAACCCCAGGCAAAAGCAGCCGUCUUCCAACAACAAAAAGCAACAAAAACCACCACCACCGUCCUCCUCCUCAUGGGACCACAUCAAGAACCUCCUGACCUGCAAACAGAUCGAAGGGUCGAGAGUACACGACCCAUCAAAAAAUAAUAUUGUCGGUGGCGCUGCAGCCGGCCAAAGUGGAGGCUACUCGAAGCUGGGGUUGUCCUGCAGCUCCAUAUGCAGCUUCAGAGAUGUCGUUCAUGGCAACACUAGGGUCGUUCACAGAGGUGACAACUCGUCGCCCGAGAGUAGCACGCUGGGUCAGGAAACCGGGUUGCUGUCUAGGAAACCUGCGACUCGGUCAGCUAGAUCCAACGGUUCUGGUUCCUCUGCUGCUUAUCAUACGCCAUCAUCGUCCAGAGGAAUGCAAUUCCGGAAGCUCUCUGGGUGUUACGAGUGCCACAUGAUCGUUGACCCUAGCAGGUGCCCAGUUCCUAGGUCUACUAUUUGUGCUUGCUCUCAGUGUGGAGAGAUCUUCCCAAAGAUUGAGAGUUUGGAGCAUCACCAAGCAAUUCGCCAUGCUGUAUCGGAGCUGGGGGUAGAAGAUUCCGGCCGAAACAUCGUGGAAAUAAUCUUCAAAUCCAGCUGGCUCAAGAAAGACAUCCCGUUCUGCAAGAUCGAACGGAUACUAAAGGUUCAAAACACGCAGCGCACGAUCCAACGGUUCGAAGACUGCAGGGACGCAGUGAAGAACCGUGCGCUGAGCAGCACGCGAAAGGACCCCAGGUGCGCGGCAGACGGGAACGAGCUGCUGCGGUUCCACUGCGCCAGCAUCUCUUGCACGCUCGGCGCACGUGGCUCGUCCAGCCUUUGUGGCUCCGUACCGGGCUGCGGAGUGUGCACGGUCAUCCGUCACGGUUUUCAAGGCAAAGCCGGGGCGGGAGGUGAUCAAGGUGGGAGCAAGGGAGUGCGGACCACUGCCAGCAGCGGUAGGGCCCAUGAUUCGUUGAAUUGUACGGACGGCCGCAGGGCAAUGCUGGUGUGCCGUGUCAUUGCUGGCAGGGUGCGGCGCAUUGCAGACGGUGAGCCGCCGGAGGAGGAUGGCUUGUCCCAACUGUCGGCAGCUGCUGGCUCCUACGAUUCUGUAGCCGGAUUCGCCGGAAUGUAUUCCAAUCUCGAGGAACUUGUUGUUUAUAAUCCGAGGGCCAUCCGCCCAUGUUUCGUAGUCAUUUACAAGGCUAUGGAGUCGUGAUUAAGGUCUUCGUUUAAGUUCCCUCAUGACUUGGUUAUCUUCAUUACAUUGUGAGUAUAUGUAAAGAAACUUACCUGUGUUUGGAUGUUACUAAGUCAAUCAUAUAUGAUGAUAAAUUUGAACGCUUUCCAAUA